AUGGCAAAGAUAGAGGACUAUGUAGACAGCGACUCGAGCGGUCGAGAGGAAGAACAGGGAGUCCCAGAGAUCACUGAAGAAGAGCAAUGGCGGAUUAUCCAGGAGACGGGCAUCCUGAACCAAGCCAUGCAAGCGCAGGAGGCACAAGACAAAGAUAAUGACGUGCCUCAACGAGACAUGGCGGACGAAAUCUUCGAGUCCAUCUUGUAUUUAAUCCCGUUUUCGUGUCUCUACAUUGGGAUGGAUAUCAUGAUCAAGCAACAGUACGCACAACACCCAUCCUUUAAAGAGGAGCUUGGACAGUUGGUUUCUGCGGUCCCUAUUCUUGCCUUAUUUAUCUUUUAUACUAACCGGUUCAAGCAUACCUUGAUAGUCCAAGCCGGACUGUUCUUCGCAUCCAUCUUGGCCAGUUCGCGGUUGAUUUGGAUUGUCAACAAAGAGUCGUUUGGCAUCGUAAUACAGCAGUGUCCCCCUCUUGGAGUCAUUUGGGUGUACGCCAUCGCACAGCUUUACCUGCCCUACGCAUGCGUGACGCUGGUGCUCGAGUAUUUCUUUGUCAAGUAUUAUAACCUAAAGAUCAUCUUCUAA